UCCCUCCCAGUUCCCUCCCAGUUCACCAUGUGGCGCGGGGCCCCCUCUCGGUUCCGGGCGGUUUUUGGGGGGUCCCCGAUGAGCUCGGGGGGAUCCCCGAGAUCCCUGGAGGGAAAAGUGGCGCUGGUGACAGCGGGGACAGACGGGAUCGGGCUGGCCGUGGCCGAGGCUCUGGGCGUGGCCGGGGCUCAGGUGUUCCUCAGCUCCCGCAAGCAGCAGAACGUGGAGAGAGCCGUGACUCACCUGAGGGGGAGGGGCCUGCAGGUGAGCGGUGUCACCUGUCACGUGGGACGUGCCGAGGAUCGGGAAAGGAUGGUGCAGGCGGCCCUGGACACGUUCGGAGCCAUCGACAUCCUGGUGUCCAACGCCGCCGUCAAUCCUCACCUGGGCCCCACCCUGGAGGCUGACGAGGGCACCUGGGACAAGGUGUUCCAGGUGAACGUGACGGCGGCGGCCAUGUUGGUUCGGCUGGUGGUGCCGCACAUGGAGAAACGGGGGGGCGGGGCCAUCGUGCUGAUGUCAUCGAUCGCUGGGUACCGACCAAUGGCGGGGCUGGGCCCGUACAGCGUCAGUAAAUCCGCCCUGCUGGGUCUCGUGGCCGCGCUGAGCCCGGAGCUGCUCCCGAGGGGGAUCCGAAUCAACGGAGUCGCCCCGGGAUUGAUCCGGACCCGCUUCAGCCAGGCCCUCUGGAAGGACGAGGCCAUGCGGGAACAGGCACUGGGAGCACUGGGAGCGCAGAGGCUGGGCACCCCCCCGGAGGUGGCUCAGGCCGUUCUGUUCCUGGUGGCCCCUCAGGGCUCUUUGGUAGCCGGGCAAACGCUGCUGGUGGCCGGGGGGGCCCUGGCGCGCCUCUGACCUGGCGGUAAUUACGCGCUAAUGAGAGAAGCAAUGGAGGACUUCCUGCUGCUGUGGCCACGCCCACUUCGUUAAUUAUGGUAAUUAGCGCUAAUCAGAGUCUCAAGUCAGAUUUGGAAUCAGCUCUGGCCACGCCCACCUCGUUAAUUAUGCAAAUUAGCGCUAAUCAGAGUCGGAAUGGAGGAUUUCCUGCCGCUGUGACCACGCCCACCUCGUUAAUUUAUGCUAAUUAACGCUAAUGAGGUUCUGAAGGAAAGAGACUGAAAAUAAAGCAGGAGGUUCUGGUCUGGCCACGCCCACCUCGUUAAUUAUGCUAAUUAGCACUAAUGAGAGUCACAUGUAAGGAGUGGGUGGGGCUCUGGCCACGCCCACCUCGUUAAUUAUGGUAAUUAGCGCUAAUUAUGCUAAUUAGGUUCCUGGGUGUGGAGUGGGCGGGGCUCUGGCCACGCCCACCUCGUUAAUUAUGCUAAUUAGCACUGAGAGUCACAUGUAAUGAGUGGGUGGUGUUCUGGCCACGCCCACCUCGUUAAUUAUGCUAAUUAACGCUAAUGAGAGUCACAGUGAAGAACUUCCUGCUCCACCGGACACGCCCAGUCUCAUUCCGUAUGCAAAUUUAUGCAAAUGAGGCGGAAAUAAAUUUAUUCGUUAAAAUGUGUUAACGAU